AUGUCGUUCUUCAGGGGUUUGUGGAAGAGCAGUUCGAAGCACAAGAAGCUAUGCGAGGAAUGGGCUCUGGCGAACAGCCGCGAGUGCGUGGAGGGUGGCGGUUCGACGAGCACGACGCACGGGGAGGAAUCUGAGGAUGCGUCUGAGGCGAGGUUCACCCUCAAAUAUUUGGGCAGCACCCUCGUUGAAACGCCUUCGAGUGAGGAAGCCACUGCGGAAGCCAUCAAAACCGUUAUUACUAUGGCGAAGGCAAGCGGGAAAAAGUUGCAAAGGGUUUCGUUGGCUGUGAGCUUGAGAGGAAUUAGAAUGACGGAUUUAGCCACCGAAGAGGAUCAGCUUCAGGUGUCGAUAUACAGGAUCUCGUACUGCUCAGCAGAUGCGACACACGAUCACGUGUUCGCGUUCAUCGCGACGAAUCUCAACGAGACGAUGGAGUGCCAUGCAUUUCUUUGCCCGAAGAGAAAAAUGGCGCAGACAGUGACGCUGACUGUGGCGCAGGCCUUCAACACAGCUUAUCAGGCGUGGCAGUUGUCGCAGUCCGAUCCCAGAAUCCAUCACGCACAGGAUAAGAGUCCUCCCUCGACAGGUGACAGGAUUGAAAACAAUGAAAAGAAGAGCAUCAGUGAAACAAAGACUACUACUGGUAAGAUUAACGAACAAAAUAAGCAGAACGGUCAACAGCGGUGCAACGAUAGUCAGAAAAAUCUUUUAAUUGAUUUGUCAAACGAUCCCAAACCAACGGGAAAUUCAUGGGUAUGCUUUGAGGAGGAUUCAGAUGUGAAAAAAAAUCCAAAGAAAAGCGCAGCGAGUAACAACAGUAUUCCUAUGACAACACUUAGGCACCAUACAACGGCAUCCACUCCAGCUCACCAUGUGGUGCCCCGACCGAACGCCGGUUUCAAAGUGCAAAAUGCCUGGGGCGAGUCCAGGUCGGUCGAUUUGAUAUGUUCGUAGCAGGCAAAAUAGCCGGCGGCUGACAGUUUCAGGGAUGUGCCGUUGAUCACAGGCCUCUGGAAACACCUCUCGGACAACGGCCAAUCCAAAAAGACUAACGGCAACCAUUAAAAUCCUCGCCGAAUUAUAUCGGCAGCUUCCGAUUGCGAAUUUAAGAUUCGGAA